GCAGAAUGCCUAAACUAACUUGAUUCAUUGGGGAAUCAUGAGGAUUGAGGGUAUUUUGGCAAUUCCGGUGGCGUUGACAGAAAGUAUUAAACCCUCUUUGUCUAAUGUAAAAAAUUUAUAAUGACUUCAAAUAAAGAUUUAUCAGUGAAGAUUCAUGUUUUAUCAAUUUUUAUCUGCGUGACAAAUAUUAUACAAGUAGCAUUAUCAGCGGGAGGAGAUGAUUUUCUUCAAGUUGCUAUGCAUGAUCGAUGCAAUGAAGACGAUUUAAAUUGCGGGUUGCCGGUAGAAUGCUGUUGCAAACCAACUCACAAUUUUAAUUUCAAAGUUUCACUCGGCAACGAUACAAACGAUGACAAGUUCCCCGUCCAAGUUUUGUGCGUGAACGCAACUGAAGUUCCUAGCAAGUUACCAAAAGUAACAGAAACAUUUAAACUUCUACAGACCGAUAUAUCAGUAUUUUCUCAAGGAAGCUUUCCAGACUCGAACACGUUGAAGAAUUUAUCCACAAUAUAUAUUUGGAAGAAUUCCAAACUACGAGAAAUCCAAAAUUUUGCGUUUUUCGGAUACGAAAGUCUUUCAACUAUAAUAUUGGAAGAUUUACCUGAGCUAAAAGUAAUCGAACAACAUGCAUUUUCAAAUCUGCCAAGUUUACGAUUAUUAAAAUUGAAACAUGUUGGAUUAACAAUAAUACCCUCAUUUACUGGCUUAGCUUCAUCAUCAUUGAUUCCUCUGGAAAUCAUUUUGGAAAAUACUCAAAUCUCCCAAGUCAUUUCCGGAGCGUUUCAAUCACUACCAGUCCGGAUUAAAAUAGUUCAGCUGUCAUGGAAUUUACAUCUUACAACCAUCAACGACUUUGCAUUUAAUGGAAGCUCUAUAGCUCAACUAAACCUCAACGACAACAAACAGCUGACUUCACUAGCGCCCAGAGCUUUCCAUGGGAUGAAAAACCUCGAAAAUUUAAUUUUACGCGGAACAUCGAUUUCCACCCUACCCACGAACGAUCUCAAGACAUUGAUAGAAAUAGACGUGCGAAGGACUCCUCUUUUGCAUCGAUUCCCAGCAGCGCAAGAAUUGCCCUCUCUCCGGGUCGCCUGGCUCACUUAUACGUAUCAUUGCUGCUCACUGAAUGCAUAUGGAUUUGGUUCUGUAUUCAAUAAAAAUACAAACGAAAAUACUCAAGACUUGAGACCAUGCGGUUCUUCAAAAGCAAAUGCGAACACCACAAUUACCGACAUUCCCGACAAAGACAAAAUGGAAAACAUCACAUCCGGUCACAUAUUUCCGGAUUUUCCAGGUGGAAAAGAGGAUGUUUAUGAUCUCGACUGGGAGAACUACACUUUACCAAGUUACGUUCAUCCGGUAGUUUACGAUGGAGAGUAUGUUUCUGCAUAUCACGAAAAUGAAGACCCAGAAGCCUAUGAUGGACGAUCUUCAUUCUUACAAAGAAUUUACUAUCAGGCUUCAAUGGAAGGCAGUUGGGAAGAUGACUACGAAACAUCUACGGGAGCUAUUGCUGCCAACGAGAUCGGAGGUUGGCGAGAAAGUGCUAAUGUGCCAACAGACGCAACCCGCGUUGUGGAUUCAAUUGAGCUAUGCUACACAGUCGACGGGGUAGAAUACCGAGCAGUAUACCACACUCCCGUGAAAUGUACACCAGAACCUGACGCGUUUAAUCCAUGCGAAAAUGUUCUGGGAACAAGCGUACUACCAGCAAUAUCAUGGAUUGUGUCCGCGUUAGCAAUAAUUGGCAACUUCUUCGUGAUAUUGGUUCUGUCUGUGGUAACUUGUGACCGAUCAUGUGCUCGACAGCAUCAUCUAUCGGUGCAAAAAUUUCUUGUUCUUAAUCUCGCUGUGGCAGAUAUGUGCAUGGGAGUUUACCUCCUUAUGGUGUCAAGCAUGGACGCCAGAAGUUCGGGCGAGUACUAUAAAUAUGGCGUAGAGUGGCAAACCGGAAUAGGAUGCAAAAUAUCUGGAUUUUUGUCUAUUUUCUCGUCGCAGCUCUCAGUCUACACCCUCAGUGUCAUUUCAUUGGAAAGAUGGUAUGCCAUUCGAUUCGCCAUUCAUUUAGAUAAAAGAAUGACAAUGAGAUGUGCAAGAGUGUGCAUUUUCUUUGGAUGGUUGGUAGCAGGUUUACUCGCCAUUUUACCUCUCGUUGGAGUCAAUAACUACGAGAAAACGAGCAUCUGUUUGCCGUUUGAUGUCAGCAAAACAUCAGGUAUGGCGUAUGUUGGAGUACUACUGUUCAUAGCAAUUGGUGCUUUUGUUGUAGACGUGAUAUGCUAUUUAUGGAUGUAUACAACUGUACGUACUGUCGGUAUCACGGAUGGCAGAAAACGAAGAACCUCUGUAUCUAGUUCUAAAUCAGGGGCUUUCCACGGAAUGAAUGCAACAGCAGACGCGAUUGUGGCAAAACGAAUGGCUAUUCUAGUCUUCACAAACUUUGCAUGUUUCUUUCCAAUAUCGUUCUUUGCUCUAACAGCAGCAGCAGGAAAACCUUUGAUUUCGAUUUCACAGUCGAAGAUAUUACUCGUGAUAUUUUACCCUCUAAAUUCCUGCUGCAACCCGUUUCUGUACGCAAUUUUGACCAAGUCGUUUAGGCGUGACCUUUUGACUUGGUUCACAUCCCGUGGGUAUUGUAUACCUUUAGCAGCCAAGCUGAAUGGCGCACACUGGAGACGAAAUAGCAUCGAUCCUGGGAGUGCAGAACGUAGGGACACAUACCGAAAACGUUUUCAACAAUGCGUAAAAUACGUUACCAACAAAAGAUCCGUUCACAUGGACAUCGGUGGUGAAGCAAGUGCAAACUCACGUGAUAGUGAACGAGUUACGAAAAAUCACCGUUAUAGUCCAAGCCACCUCAAACCGUUGAACAUUCACAAUGGCAAGAUUGCGUACAUGGGUAAACACGCCAAGACUGAUCUAGAUAACAACUCGAAUAGUAUUUCUAGUUAUCAUAGCACUGGAAACAGUCAAUCUGGGCAUAAAGGAAUGUCAAGAUUUUUUAAACUUGCUCUGGGAACAAAAAAGUUCAAAGAGCCUACCACUCCUACUGAGGAAAGAGUGCUAACCAACCGACAGCGCCCAAUAUUUCCUGAAAUAAGGUGGUUUCGCUCACAGCGGAAUCGGCCGUCCCGACAAACCUCGGGGGAAAUUACAAGCCCAAAUUGGCCCAGACCAGAAGAUUCAAGCCCUUUGAUGGAGACCCUCGACUCCCGUAACGAAUGCGAUUUUUCCAUGCCAAAUCACGAAAAUAAGAAGUCAGCAUAUAAAUCAGGCAGAAGGGCAAGCAAAUCCCGACAUUCGACUACAACAAUCGAAACCAGACUCACUGUUGGCGGUAACACCAGAGGUUCGGUGGACCACGGGCAUAUAUUACAAGAUACCGGUGCGUCAACUCCUUAAAAUGGAUAAUCUGAACUUUAACCUGACACGAAAUAAGCCAUUAUGACGUCAUCAUAAAAUUACAUUAAUUGGUAUGAUAAUUUGUAAUGGAAGCUUCAAAGAUUUAUUUUUCAGCGCACCAGUAACUGACACCAAAAGCGAUACUUUCUUUCUAUGAGAUUGGCUAGCUUUUGCGAGCAUUAAUGUUUAACAGCUCAAUUUAUCAAUUAUGCCCCGGCGCAAGAUGUGACCUUUCCUGCUAAAUUUUGCCAAUAUUUAUUUAUGCUGCGUCAU